AUGAAGUUAAGAUCUGAUUUUGAGACUGUUAGAGGGACUUUGAUGAAUCGAAAACCUGUACCUGAUCUAGAUGAGUGCUUUCAGGAGGUUCUUCGUGAAGAACAACGGCUUCUCUCACAAAGAACUGCCAAUAAUUCUAAGGCUGUAAACAAUUCAGAUCUUGCCUUUCUUUCUAGGGAGCAACCUAGAGCUAAAGAUACCCAGCAGUUACAAUGCUAUUCAUGCCAAAAAUAUGGACACAUUGCUCGAGAUUGUAAGGAAAAAUUCUGCAGGUAUUGUAGGAAGGGAGGCCACAUCUUGACUGAAUGUAGGCGAAGAGCUCAGAACAGAGGAAAGGCAUACCACACCACAGUUGGUUUAGCUGAAGAAUCUUCUCCUCUUGCCACACCUGCUGGUAAUCACUCAAUCACUACUAAAUCAAUUCAAGCUAUGAUUCAGUCUGCCUUGUCUACCAUGGAAAUUUCAG